UAAUCAAGAAAGUAGAAGUAAGUAGUAAAAUUAUAAAAAAAAGACCAUUACACUAUUGAGAUUAAAUUGCAUGUUCAUUUUAUGAGUACACAUGAAUAUUUUUAAACUAGAUGAACACCUUCUUCUUAUGCGGAUACUGUGGAUUAUUGUUUGACGAUGACAACGAAGGUCAAAGACACGAGAGUGAACACGAGCUUCAUCAUGACGGUGAAAAGGGGGCAACAUUCCAUUCAAAAACAGAUCAAGAACAUCAUUGCCACCACUGUGAUAAAGUAAUGAGCAAUGAACAGGACCUGAUGUUUCACGAAUUAACUCAUGAUUUGGAUCAAAUGGAAUACAGCGGUGAAGGUCCAUGGUCCCCAUUGAUUCCCAAUUCAACAUGUGAACCUAUGGAAGAGGACCAUGUCGCAGAUCAAGAAAUGGCUCCUGAAUCCAUGGAAUCCGAUGAAGCAUCAACCUCUACUAGAACCAACUCAUCUCAAAUUGGUUUUGGCGGUGUGAAAAAAAUACCAUAUACCAUUCAAAAAGUAGGAGAACGAACUAUAAUGAAAAAUAAUGCUAUCGAUGUAAACUACAAUAUUCGGUUUAAUGCAGAAAACCCUGAACAAGGAAUGAGGCUGACUGAUCUGCUUCGUGAAUUAGAAGAUAUGUUUGACAACAUUCUCAAUGAAACAGCUCGAGGACUUGACCCUUUUUUGGAUCUUGGACGAGUCAUCAUUCAUCACAUGGGAUUGUACAAUCCUGUGUAUGUACCACUAAGGCCCUUGAAAGAUCUUACUGGAAAAAGUGUGAUGGAGAACUUACAAAAUGUCUUAAACAGCCAUGAAAAUCUUUCUCUAGAUAAAAGUUUUUAUUUAAAUGUGGGGCUUAUUAAAGUUCCAAAGGGCGGUAUAGCAGGCAAAAAUAUUAACAAAGUUGGUGACGGCAAUGAUUCUCUCAGAAUCAAAAGAUCAUGUAUCAAAAUUCAAAACACAGAUGAAUUAUGCCUUGCUCGAAGCAUUUGCAUGGGGUUUUUCAAAUUACAUCAAAUUCCAACAUCUGAAUGGCAGAAAUUAGCACACCAAAGUGACAAAGGAACAAUAGAAGAAAAAGUAAUGGAAUUGCGGAAAUGUCCUAUUUGGUUCUACAAAGAAUUAAUGAAGCACAACAAAACAAAUAAUGAACGUCAAAAAAAAUUAGCCAUUUUGUUAUGCCAGAAAGCCAAUGUAAGCAGUGAGAGACGUCUGUCCAUUCAAGACAUUUAUGCUUUUGAGAACGUAUUGAAUGUUGAUAUUCUAGUUGUCAGUGCCACUAUUGGUAACAAAUUCAUACGAACUGUUCCAAAAGAUGUAAGUGAAGAUGAGCAAGGGUUAGAAAUUCCGAAAUAA